GGAUCUCAGUCUGUCCACAGGUCUCGAGUAGAGCAGAUACCAACCAGCAAACUACUUUUACUCCCUGUUUGCACUCUCUCUCUAAACUUUCAUCGUUUUCAGACACUCAUAAUCACAGCAAACACCAAUCGAAAAAGCUGCUUUGGCAAGCAACGAGUUCUUCUAGAUUGUGCAAUAACCACUUGCUUAUAGUUGAACCGUUAUGACUAAAACUUUGGGUAUUUACCCAACCAAUAAACCCAAUACUGUUCAAUCGGAAGAGUGGCGAUAGCAGUUUCAAGUGUGGUGCUGUAAAAUUAUACAUGUACUUUUUCUCGCUCGGAAAAUAAGGACUUGAAUCGCAUCGUAUCGCACAUAAACCAAUGAUGAAGCGCUAUAAAUGGAAGUUGUGGCUGGGAAGCCAUCCAACAAUUACAAGUUUACUGGUUAUUUCUCUCAUCCUCACGCGUAAUUGCGAUGUGGUCAAUGCAGUCACGACUCCAAAUAAUAGCAACAUGGGCAGCAACGUAGUGGAAGCCACUGCUAAUCCGGUGGCAAAGUCGUCCACUGCCACCAAGACUACAGCCAUUUCAUUAAAAGCCCAACAACUGCAGAUGCUGAGGGAGAAGAAUUUGAACAAGGACAAUCAUGCCAGUGAAGGCUAUGCCGCAGAAUGGGAAUAUCUGGGAAGUGGGUUGGCCGAGCUUGAUACUCCAUCCGAAAAGACGCCACAACUUUCUCCGUCAUCAUUUCACAAGUUUGCCUUUGCUGAUCCCUAUAAUCUGUCCCCUUCACGAAGAAUUGGUCCUGCAACGUGGCUGGAUGUCACCAAUGGGAACUGGUGGCUGUUUGGUGGACAAGGACCCACAACCAACCAAAGUGCACCUGUGAACUACUUAAGUGACUUGUGGGUGUAUGCUCCUCCUCCAUCAUUCCCAAAAGGUAGCACCCCCGCAGAUCGGGAUGACCCAUCGCACUGGAAACUUGUCUAUCGUCCAGAGAAUGAUGGGGACGGCCCGCUGUCUGUGCAUCAGGAAGACGUGGUAUUUCCGCUCAUGUGUGGGAGUGAAAGUAGCGGACAUCUGGCUCUAUUUAAGGGAGGACAAAAUUGGGCCGGUGGUGCAAAUACUGCAUCCUCAGCGACGGACAACAACAACGCAUUGUUUAGCGAGGAUGGAGUUGUGUGGGUGUCCGACAUUCCAAAAAGUUUCAAAGCGUUGCCAAGAAAGAGAGGAGUAAAAUCUGGAGGAGACGGAAGUGGGUGCCGCAGAACGGGAGGAGGUAGGCGCCGUUCGUCCUGUAACUCGACGAUGGCAGCGGAAGAGGAAGGAGGAUUACAGUGGACUUCAUACAUCUGCUGUGAUGCAUGUCUGCCCGAUGGAAACUCAACAUUUGAUUUUUGUCCACAAUUCUCCCACAAACCUAUUCUCUGGUGCAACCAAGACUCGAUCAUGGCUUUCCAACUACUCCCACCAGUCUCGGGACCUCCUUCGAUAACGUCAAAACCAAAACGUGAGAUAUCAUCUGUGGCCAGCGGCGAACCAACGUCUACUUUUUCUUCAUCCACAUCCUCCACCACUUUCAUUUCCCAGAGCCAAAUCCCCAAAGUAAGUCAACAAGGAAAUUUCUCAGAACAAGAAGAGUCGUCUCGUCGUUCUAAUGCCAAAAUGGGAAAGGCCAGCAGCAACUCGACUCAGUCUCAUAUUUCUCUCGCAACUCCAUUCCUCCUACUUCCAGAAUGGAUGAAAAAUGGUGGCAAUUCACAAGGGGAGGGUCAGCCAGAAAAAUUGCGAGGCGGUGAACGCAACACCAUACAAGAAGAUAAUGAGAAAAGGACGACGGAAGACAAUGGUAGCAGUAUCGAAGGAGGAGAGGAGAAAGUAGCCAUGAAACCGCAGCAGCAGGAGAACCAAAGUGGGGCUGAAGUAUUUCUCACGUCAAGAGCCAGCACCCUUAGCAAUGCCAGAAGCAAUGCUACCACCACUUUUGGUGUUGGUGUGGAGAGGAAUCUGCUAGUAAAUUGGUGGAAAUUCGAUUUGACUGCUAGAGAAUGGAUGAAAAUGCCGGAAGUAAACCUGAGCAGUAUGAGCAAAGCUACUGUUGAACAAAUCCGUGCUGGCAACUGCCGAAGUGUAAGCGACUCGGUCUUCCUCUACAUCUUAUGUCCAACUAAGACCAAUUUAUUGGACCGGUCCCUAUUCCUAUUUGACCCCAACACAAGUUCUAUCCACUCACUUGGAACGAUUCACUUAAAUAACGCAUUUUUCCAUGACAGAAAAGUGUGGCAGUUGGGGCGUUCCGCCCUUCACGCAUUACGAAGUGACAAUCAAUCUGUGAUCUUUCUUGCGUACAACAAACUUUUAGAUCUGUGGGUUCACGACCAUUCAUCAAACCAGAUCACCCCGGUGGAAAAUGUUUGGCGAGGUUCCAGCCUUCAUGCGUUUCAACACACAUCAUCGUUCUACAAACUUUCCGUUGUCUUCCCUCCUCCCUCCUCGUCCAGUGGCAGUGGUGGUGCUGGGGAGGACAAAAGAAAGGAGCACACGACGUUUAUGGUCAACCCACGCUCUUUUACAAAGCUCUACAAUUUCCAAGAUCCCUACCCCGAUGGUCACUUUAAGAUCACCAUUGUCACUGAUCGCUCCGUUUUCCUUCCAUCCAGAGACGCUCCAACUUUGAUUAAUUCAACUGAUUUUCCCGAUAAAUCGCUGUUGAAGGAGAGAAAUGAAACUCUUGUGGCCAUCACAAAGACGCAGAGUUUGUCUUUGGUAGAAAUGUUGACUAAAGGAAAGCAAAAGAAGAAUACGGAUAAAACGCCAUUCCCAGAACAAGAGAAAGAUCGGGUGCACGAUCAAAGAAUCCAUUCACAAAUCUCCAUUACCAAUCCAAAUACAAAACCUUUUAUUGGUGAAAGUAGCAGCCAACAACACGUGGAGCAUGACGAUGAAAGUCACAAACAAAAAGAUAAAACAGAGCAUCUAGACCACCACCACAUCGAGGACGGAAGACCGAAGACGCUGGAAGGUGCGGGUGGUGGAUUAUCAAAAUCUCAAGACUUAAGUUCUUACAUGAACAUGGUUUCGGCAGGAGUGGUGGCAGUGGUUGGUGAAAGUAGGAGUCGAGAGGGAGAUCAGGUAUCUAUCAGCAGGAGCAGUAUGGACAACACGGAGAAAUCAACCAGAAAAACAGCCGGAGCAACAGUAUCAGACGUACAGAACAGUCGCGAAGAAAAAACCCAUGAAACAAGUCAAUCGAAAUCUAAUCCUGGUCUCAGCACUCUGAAAAACUAUAACAAAACCAAUAAUUUAUCGGUUAAAGCUGGCGGUGUGGAUGUCCAAGUGAUUUCAGGGAAACAGAAUAAGAGGAUCCUUGGCGUAAAAAGGACGACGAAAACUGCAAUGCCCGAGACCACAAACAACAAGAUCGAUUCUCCACACUCAAAUUCUCCGCAUCCAGCACCCAUAACAAGCACGACCAAAGAUGAAGCAGCGGAUAUUGGUGGUGAAAGUCGUCGGGGAGACUCUGCUAAUGAAAUGAGAUCUCUUGUUGGCCGUGGCUCAUUACCAGUAAAUAAUGAAAGUAACGGGAAACCACUGCUACCACAAGCACAUACGACUUUCACUUUUGGAGAAAGUCAGAAUCACGCCAACUUCAAUUCAGGAGCAGAACCCCGAGUUUUGGCUGUUGUGAGGACAGGCAUGCAACUCACCGAAAAGAUGACUUCCAGGAACUCUGAUCAUCGCCAUCCAUCCACCCUCACGUCUUCCAUUAUGCCACAAGUAACCACGGCCUCGCCAAAUGCGACCAAGUGGUGGAGAAGUGGCGGUGGUGGUGGUGGUGCGGAUCAUCAAGCCAACUUCUCCAAGAAUGGAGUUAAUUUGUCCAUGACAUCAUCAACUCCUCUCGAGGCUUCAACAUUAAAAGUUGCUCCAGGCAGUGGAGGUCGUAGCGGAGGGCAAGAACGAGAGUCAUUACCAGCCAAUUUGGAAACAAAAACCAACCAGUUCAAGAAUUCUUCAACUUGGACCCUGCCCAAAAGUGUUAAUCAUUCCUCUUCUACAGUCAUGACCGAGGAGGAGAUGGAUGGAGAAAAUCAUAACACCAACCACCAUGACCAAGAGCGUGAUGAGCCAAAUCUGGAAAAUAAUUACGUCUCUCCUCGACGAACGGGGAAGUGGGGAUCUCGAAAUAGGAAAAAUAAUAAUGACGUGGACGUGAAGAAGGGCUUAAUGAGCCACUCGGCGUCGUUGUCGUUGCCGUCUGAUGGCAACGGUGGUAAUGAAAGUAGCUUUAUGGGUGAUAUGGCUGGUGGUGGGCAUCAUCUGACUUCUUAUGGCUCCUCAAUCCUGAUUGAUUCCUCACAAAGCGAUCAGAAGAUGCAGCAGUCAGUCGAUGGGGAAUCCUUAUUCAGAGGUGAAGAGGACGAAGAGGUUGGCUAUUCGUCAUAUUCUACCUUCGGCUCCCUCAUUUUCUUUUCACUUUCAAUCUCGAUUUUCGCAUCUUUCGGACUAUUUGUGUUCGUCAGGCGAUGUGUCAGGUGUCCCUCGACGAGUGAAAGUGUCUUACUCAAGGAGCCACCCAUCAGGUACUCGGUCGUCCCUGACGAACUCUAUCCUCACACACCCCUCGUCUAAGGUUUCAAGUUUUUUCAAACUUUAUAUGCAUACAUUUCUACAUGCAGAGCAAAUGAGGGCUAUACGUCGCAACCGUUAUACGGUCUCAAUCAAUCAGCGUGCACAAAAUGUGAAAAUCAUUUUGACUGUGAAUCUACUAAAUAUGAUACAAACAUGCUAAAAUAUGUAUAUUUAGUGAAUGACUUAGAAAUUGAUGUUGCCAAACUUUCUUUACUAAUUCCAAAAUACGCGCAUUAUAUAAGUCAAAUAAUGUAAAAAUAAUAAUGUGUAAACAAUGUAUAAUGAAUGAACGAAUGACUAUAAAAUGUUAUAUAUUACACUGGUGUAUCUAGAUAGUUUGAUUGCGAUUCCUGAAUAUAAAACAAUAUUGGCUACCCUGUUCGUGUUAAUAACAAUCAGAGAACAAUUUAUAUAUACAUUUAAUGUAUGCAUGUAUGUACGUGUGUAUGUAGAUACUUGUAGUACGAAUUGUAUUUUUGCAACAAUAUAAUCCUCAAACGUAUGUACAAAGUAUGAGCGCAUCGUUGCAAUUUCAGAGAUCAGAGAAGCACAAGCCAUCAUCAUACCACGAAACAGUAUUAAAUACAUUAUAUACACACAGCCCACGAAAAGAAAGUAUCUUUUCAUCCUGUGUAAUCUACUUAUCUUAAUGUUAUAAGAUCCUCAAACUUAUUAAAAAAUCACAAUAGAUAAAACAAUGCAUUGCGCAUUGGUUAGCCAAUUUUUAUCGUAAAUAAGAAGUAGCGUAGGCUAACUUAUUUAUACCUACACAUGUACGACUUCUAUAUAAAACGUAGGUAAUACACAUACAUGACUAUUCGUAAAGAAAAAUUAAAAUUUAUUUGAUAAAUAAAAGUACAUAAACGUAUACACAUGAUUACAGCUUUUAUUUUUA